AUGUCAUAUAAUAAUAUACACAAUGGUUAUAAUAAAGAGAAAAGUAUAAACAAUGGAAGCCAUAACUCAGUUUUAAUAUCUGAAAAAACUUUAAAAUCAUGUCAACAAGUUAAAAAUUUUAAUUAUCAUCAAGGUGCAUCUAUAACUUCAUUAGAUUUUAAUGAUUCAGGACAAUAUUUAAUUUCGUCAGGUGUUGAUAAACUGAUUCAAUUAUAUGAUUGUUUUAAAGGUGUACAUUAUAAAGAUAUACAAUCACAAAAAUAUGGAUGUCAUUCAGCAAGAUUUACUCAUGAAGAAUUAAAUUGUUUAUAUUUAUCAACAUUAACUGAUAAUAAUUCAGGUGAAGAUGCAAUUAGAUAUUUAUCAUUAUCUAAUAAUUCAUAUUUACGGUAUUUUAAGGGACAUAAGUCACAAGUUAGUUCUUUAGAAUUAAAUCCAAUUUAUAAUAGUUUUAUAAGUUCAAGUUUUGAUGGAACUGUUAAAAUUUGGGAUUUUAAAAGUGCAAAUCCAGUUGGAAAUUUAGAAGUUGGACAAAAUACAAUAAUAGCUUAUGAUCCACAAGGUAUAAUAUUUGCAAUUGGGAAAUAUCCAAUAAAUGAUGAAAGUUUGGGGGUUGUUGAAUUUUAUGAUUUAAAAUCUUAUGAUAAAGAACCAUUUUUGAAAGUUGAAGUACAAGCAUUACCAAAUCAAAUAUGGAAUAAAUUGGAAUUUUCAAAUAAUGGGAAAUAUUUAUUAAUUGGAACUAAUUCAUAUCAACAUUAUAUAUUAGAUGCAUUUACAGGUAAAACUAUUGCAAUUAUAAAAUUACCUAUUUAUAGUAAAAUGUAUUUUAAAUAUCCAUCAACUGGUUGUUGUUCAUUUACACCAGAUAGUAAAUAUUUAUUAGUUGGAACAUCAAAUUCAAGAAUAAUGAUUUUUGAUUUAAAUAAAUUGAAAGAAGGUCAAGAAACAAUAGUAAUCGAUAAAUCAGAUAUAAUAUUACAAUCUACAUGUGGUAUACCCAAGAUAUUACAAUUCAAUCCAAAGUUAUAUUCAUUUGCAACAAGUGAUACCACUGUGACAUUAUGGCUGCCAAAUAAUCAAUAA